AUGUAUCCCAAGGCCCUCUUCGCCAUCGCAUCGGCUGCCCUCAUCGGCAACGUCGCCGCCUCGGAAGACGCCAAGAUUGUUACCAAUAACCCCCACGACGUCAGCUUCUCUGCCACGCUCCCCGACAAGCCCUUUUUCAAGGGCGCCGACCUCGUGGACAACGUAGUCGGGUCUAUUUCUGCCACGGCCCCCGAGAAUGGUGUUGGCACCAAAUUCACCGUCAAGUUUGCCAACUUUCCCAAGUCUGGAGGUCCUUUCAUCUACCACCUCCACGUCAAGCCUGCUACCGGCGGCAACUGUACCGCAACUCUUGGCCAUCUCGAUCCUACCAAGCGCGGCGACCUGCCUGCCUGCGACUCGUCCAAGCCCGCAUCGUGCCAGGUCGGUGAUCUCAGCGGAAAGUACGGCAAGAUCACCUCGGAUCCAUUCAUUGCCGAAUUCACCGAUCCUUUCACUUCGCUCGAGGCCGGCAACGCCGCCUUCUUUGGCAACGCUUCCUUUGUCAUUCACUACGCCAACACCACUCGCCUGACCUGCGCCAACUUCGAAAAGAUUGAUGAGCCCGAGUCUGAGGAUCCCGACUGCACUGAUGGCCAGCCCCAUCCCACCGGCGGUUACACCUCUCCCACGCCUUCUAGCGGCCUGGCCACUUCCACUGGUGGCUACCUUGUUCCCACCGUUACCCCCACGGUUCCCGUUGUUGCCGGGGCUCCCAAGAUGGCCAUUGCCGCUCCUCUUCUCGCCCUUGGUGCUGUCGCCAUGAUGCUCUAA